AUGGCAGGCUACACUUGGUCCAAGAUAGCAAGCUCUCAGAGUGAAGACGACGUCCCAGCGCCUCGUUGGAGACACUCAGCUAUCCUGUUCGAGAAGAACAUCAUCAUCUUUGGAGGUUUCGCGGCUGAGAAGCGAAUGAACGACCUCUGGAUCUUCAACACCGAAUUGAAGGUGUGGGAGCAGAAGUAUGCUCAGGGGUUCUGGGAGGGUCUACCGCAGUGCCGCGGUGCACAUAGCGCUACGCUUGUCGAGGAGAAAAUGUACGUGUUCGGUGGCUACGGUGGCAACGGCUUCGGACGUACCGACUUCAACGACCUUCAUGCUUUGGACUUGCACUCCUUUAAGUGGCAAGAAAUUCAAACCGACGGCGAGAAGCCUGAGCCACGCUCAGGUCACCAGACGUGCCUGGUUAAGGAACAGUUGCUGAUCAUUGGAGGCUGGAACAGCUUCAAGCAGUUUCAAGACAUCUUCGUUUUCGACUUACCUACCAAGACGUGGAGCUUGUUGAGCACCCCACUGCACGCGCCUAUCUGGAACCACACGUGCGUUAGUGUGGCGGCUGUGCCCCACUGGAAAGUUUUCCUCUUCGGUGGUAAUAGCGGGGAUCUUGCAGAGUCAGGGACAGCGCAAGGAGCAUACCUAAACAGCACAACUGUGCUAGAUACAGGUGCCAUGGUGUGGCUAAAUCCGCCCGUAAAGGGAGAGCUUCCGAAGGCGCGCGCGGAUACUGCAAUGGUGUUUGACUCGAAUACCAACCACUUGAUCUUCUUUGGGGGGUGGGCGAAUCGCUGGUACAAUGACCUGCACGUGCUAAACGCAAGCGAAAUCGUCGGACCGCCGUACUCCAUUUCGUCGAUCGAACCGAAGCAAGGACCGAUCACGGGUAACGCAAAAGUGAAAAUUACUGGAUUCAACUUCACCGGCACAAACGCAACGCUGCGUUUUGCAGUUGCGAAGGGCUCUGUUGACGUCCAAGGAGCUGUUCUGAGUCCUAGCGUCCUUCAAGCUACAGCUCCGAGCUUCGAGAAAUUCGGUGCAAUGACUUCCGAGGUUCGCGUCUCACUAUCCGGAGGAAUGUAUACGAACGUCGCGACAUCCUUCCGAUUCCACUCGGUUACUGCAGCACCAAAGUCUCUAGCGUUCGGACCCUGUUUGAUCGCAGCUCUCAGUGACAACUGUCUAGCUGAGCUGCCGACAAUGUUCAUCAUCCAGUCUCGAGACAAAGACGACAAUCCUCGCGACUGCGGCGGUGACGAGUUCACUUUUUUGCUGAAGUAUUGUGAUGAUCCGCAGGCUGAAGUGGAGCAGGUUGGAUCCAUCCUUGACAAGAAUGAUGGCACUUACGUGGUGACAUUCACCCCCUCUCGAGCGGGCAAGUACGAGAUAUCAGUGGACUUCACGGGCACGUUCAAUGGCAUCGCAGGGCCUAUCCGUGGGUCGCCCUUUACGGCGGUUUUCCAGCCUCCGAAUGACGAGAACAAGACGAAGUGUCUACCCCCGCUUGCGACCCAGAAGGACUUCGAUUCGCCUGAGCUGAUUCGGCGAGUGAUGGCGACAAUGAAUAAACGAAACGGAGAGUUCCGACGCCUUCUUGUUGACCUGCGGAAGGACAUUCCGAACAACGAUACCGAAGGACUUGAUACUCUGCGGAAGGUGAAAGAAAUUAUUCGCAAGCUGGAGACGGACAAGGCGACAAACCAUUUGAUCCUAGACCAAGUUCGGCAAUUGUUUUUCAACAUCAAGAAGAGUGGUGGCCACGUCGAUAAAGAACUGGUCGAAAUCGAGAACAUGGAGAAGCUUUUCGUCGACGUUGAGAAGCAAAUCCCAGUGACGGAGAAGAGGACCCAGGAGCCGACGCGGAUAUUCAGCGAGAAGACCGAGGAGAAGAUCAUCGCGUACGAAAAGAUGAUUGCUCAGAAAGUCGAGACGCUCAAAACCCUCGACUUCUGGUCGUCGAAGUUGGAGCCUGACAAGGGUCUUGAGAAGAUUGAGAGUUACCUUGUCGACUGGAAUAUGGAGAUGAAGAAGUGCGAGGAAAAUACGAAGCUGUGCUCCAUCUUUGGGUUCCCGCAGCUGAUGAAUGAAUCGCUUCGUAUGAUGGGACUGAUGAGGGCGGAUGCAGACGCGAUGAAGACUGUGUGGGCCAUCAUCAAGCGUGCCAAAUCAUUUUUCACAGCAACUCAGGACAUUUUGUUCAAGGAAGUGGAUGUGAAUGCUUUGCAAAUUGAAGUGCAGUCCGCGUUGAAAGAGCUGAAGAAGAUCCCCAAGGGGAUUCAAUGGAGCGAUGCGUACACCUCCAUCCUGAAGGAAUGCCAAGCAUUUGACAAGACGCACCCACUGAUUCGGUGUGUGUCAUCGAGCUACAUGCGCCCUAGGCACUGGAAGCGAAUCAUGGCCCACACAGGAGAGUUCUCCACUCCGGAUGAAGAUCCAGAGCAGCGGCUUUCUCUAAUUCUCAGCAAAAAUCUCUUCAACUUCAGCUCGGACAUUAACGAAAUCUGCUACGAAGCCGAAAAGGAACAAGAGCUGGAGCUUCGUUUGAUCGAGCUCGAGGCCCUGUGGGCUGAGGUGAACUGGGAAAUGUCCCCUUACAACCCAGGCGCUGCCGAAGAAGAUGUUGUGCCUCUUCUCAAGGUUUCGGAAGAAAACUUCGAGCUUCUCGAGACUCAUCAGAUUGACGUACAAGGUAUGAGUGCAUCGCCGUACCAGUCCGAGUUUGAGCCUCGUGUUGCGAAGCUCCAGAUCGGCCUUUCGUCCAUCAACGAAGUCGUGCUCUUGCUUGGCGACAUUCAGAGAUCUUGGAGUUACUUGGAGCCGCUUUUCAUUCAGUCCGAAGAGGUGAAGAAGCAAUUGCCCGAGCUAACGUCAGACUUCGAAGACAUUGACCGCGAGGUUCGCCAAAUCCUCAAGACGGCAUGGAAGACUCUGAACGUUCAGCAAGCAUGUACGGAGCCGGGUCUUAUCAAGCGUCUUGAGGUGAUCGUGGAAAAGCUGGAGUUGUGUAAGCACCGCCUGAAAGAAUUUCUCGACGGGCGUCGCCGCCAGUUCCCACGUUUCUACUUCAUGUCCGAGGCCGACUUGCUGGAUAUCCUGUCGAAUGGGUCUCACCCGGAUCGGAUCAUGCCGCACUGCUCCAAAAUUUACCUGGCAACCAAGACGCUCACCUUGGUGGAUCGUGGACCAGGAGAGCGGCCCGUUGCUACGUCUUUUGUGGCUGGAGUAGGUCAUGAAGUCGUUGACUUCUUUGAGCCUCCUGUGCUGGAGGGAGAGGCUGAAAUUUAUCUGGAGACUAUCAUGCGCGCAAUGAGGCUGACGCUGUUCAAGCACAUUGAGCGAUCUCUCGUAGCAUACACCGAAAUGCCACGUGUGGACUGGAUCAACUUUAAAGACGACACGAACAAACCCAUGGACGCAGCGCAGAUCAUCCUACUCGCAGCUGGAGUACACUAUGUUCAGGAAGUCGAGCGUGCAUUCCGUGGCAUCCAGGGAGGCGAUAAGGAUGCUCUGAAGAACUACAACAAGAUGCAGGAAAAGCAACUAGAAGACUUGAUCAAGCUGACGCAAAGCAACAUUUCCUAUGCCGAGCGUCAGCGUGUGAUGGUGCUCAUCACGAUGGACGCCCACGGUCGAGAUAUCGUGGCCAACAUGAUUCGUGCUGGGGUGGAGGAGGCUACUCAUUUCCAGUGGCAGUCUCAACUAAAGCACUACUUCUCACCUGCAGCAGGAAGUUUCCUCAAGCGUGACAGUACCUUCCGUGGGGCAAACAACGCGCGCGCUCAGAUUCUCAUUUGUGACGCGGGUAUUCCGUACGACUACGAAUAUCUUGGAAAUGGCCCCAGACUUGUGAUUACCCCAUUGACCGAUCGAAUUUACGUGACGGCGACGCAGGCUCUGAACCUUCAAAUGGGAUGCGCUCCUGCCGGUCCAGCAGGAACAGGAAAGACGGAGACAACCAAGGAUCUGGCAAACGCACUGGGCAAAGUUUGCUACGUGUUCAACUGUUCGCCUGAGAUGGACUUCAAGAGUCUAGGCAACAUUUUCAAGGGACUUGCCUCCUCUGGCUCAUGGGGCUGCUUCGACGAGUUCAACCGCCUUGUGCCAGAGGUGCUGUCUGUGUGUUCUGUUCAGUUUAAGGCUGUGUGCGAUGCAUGCAAAGCUGACGACGAGAGGUUUAUCCUCGAAAACGACGAGGUCAUGCUGGACCCGACGGUGGGUGCGUUCAUCACAAUGAACCCUGGUUACCUGGGACGCUCCGAGUUGCCUGAAGGCUUGAAGGCGCUGUUCCGCCCCAUGACUGUCAUGGUGCCCGAUCUUGUGUUGAUUUGUGAGAACAUGCUGAUGGCAGAAGGAUUUACGCAGGCCAAGAUCUUGGCGUCGAAGUUCUAUGGCUUGUACUCAUUGCUCGGACAGCUUUUGUCUAAGCAGCUUCACUACGAUUGGGGUCUUCGAGCUGUGAAGAGUGUGCUGUGCGUCGCUGGUGCAUUCAAGCGUGCAGAGCCUGACAUCCCCGAAACCGACUUGCUCAUGCGCGCAUUGCGAGACUUCAAUAUCCCAAAAAUCGUGGCAGAAGACAUGGUGGUUUUCUUUGGUCUACUGGGAGAUUUAUUCCCGCGCGACAGCCCGAAUGUAGACGUACGCAACGAUCCUCCGCGCAAGCGUGACAUGGAACUCGAAUCCAUGGUGCAAGGAGCUUCGGAAGCCAUCGGCAACACGCCUCGUCCGGAGUUCAUGCUCAAGGUUGUGCAGUUGUCCGAGCUAUUGGCUAUUCGUCACUGCGUCUUCGUGAUGGGACCACCUGCGUCGGGGAAAACAGAGACUUGGAAGACAUUAAAGAAGGCGCGUGAAAUCAUGGGAACGCCUAUGGAAGUGCAAGACUUGAACCCCAAGUCUGUGAGCACGAACGAACUGUACGGGUACAUUGUGCUGAAGACACGUGAAUGGAAGGACGGCUUGCUUUCACGCAUCAUGCGUGACUUGGGCUCCCGGCGCCGCGACAAUGGCGACGAGGAUAACAACCCCAAAUGGAUUAUCUUGGAUGGCGAUCUUGAUGCGAACUGGAUCGAGUCAAUGAACUCCGUCAUGGACGAUAACAGAAUGCUAACGCUGGCUUCGAACGAGCGUAUCCCGCUGAAGGUUCACAUGCGCAUGAUCUUUGAGAUCCGCGAUCUCGUCUACGCUACUCCGGCAACCGUCUCGCGAGCAGGUAUCCUGUACAUUUCGACGUCGGAAGGCUACCAGUGGCGCUGUUUGAUUGAUAGUUGGCUGGAUCGACACUGCCAGCAGCCUGUUGACCAUCGCUUGAGGAACAUGAUGUUCACUCCAGACACGCGUGCGAAAUUUCAGGGUCUGUUCGACCAGUACGUCGAGACGACACUCAGGUUCUUCCGCAAGAAGCUCGUUCCUGUUGUACCAGUGGAGGAGACGACACUUGUGACGAACUUGCUCAACAUGAUCGACUGCUUGCUGACCCCUCAAGUGCUGGAAGACUACACGGUGAUGCAGAAUACAUUCGUUUUCUGCUGCGUAUGGUCCUUCGGCUCCAUCCUCACAAUGAGUGACGAUGGCACAGACUACUCGGCAGAGUUUAGCAACUGGUGGAAGAACCAGUGGAAGGAUGUGAAGCUGGUGGCGUCGGCGAGCAACACUGUGUUUGAUUUCUGGCUAGAUCCAGAGACGUCCAAGUUCAAUUCUUGGUCUAAGAGCCCGUACUUCUACACCGAGACGUAUGUCUCUCCGAGCCCGAUCAACCAGAUCACUGUGCCUACGACUGAGACGGCAUCGAUUGCAUUCUGGCUGGAGAACCUCAUCUCCAAGAGUGUUCCAGUGAUGGUAUGCGGACCUGCAGGUACCGGUAAGACGCAGAAUAUCAUGGGCAUGCUGAAAAAGCUCAGCAAGGACGAGGCGACGGCUGCAUUCCGCUACUGCACCAUCAACUUCAACUUCUACACCACGAGUGCGAUCUUGCAGCAGACCAUGUUUGGCCAACUGGAGCGCAAGACGGGUAUCAACCUUGGUCCACCAGGCAAAGCCCGACUCAUCUACUUCAUGGACGAUCUGAAUCUGCCAGAAGUGGACCCUUACAACACACAAAGCGCUAUCUCGCUGCUACGACAGGUGAUGGAGUACCGACAUUGGUUCGACCGCGUGAAGCUCCAGCCUCAGAAUAUCCUGAAUACUCAAGUGGUAUCUGGUAUGAAUCCCACGGCAGGCUCGUUCCUCGUCGACCCACGCCUUCAGCGCCACUUCUGUACAUUCGCUAUGGGCAUGCCCGAAGCACCAAGUUUGGUCACAAUCUACGAGACUUUCCUUGGUGGACAUUUGUCAGGAUUUGCCGAUGAGCUAUGCAACUCGCAGUUCUCCAACGCGCUGAUCAAGGCAGCGCUGAGUCUCCACGCCAGUGUAGUGAGCACGUUCCGUAAGACGGCAGCCAACUUCCACUACGAGUUCAACGUGCGUCACCUGUCCAACGUCUUCCAAGGUUUGAUCGCGUCCAAGAAGGAUCGAUUUAACAGCACAGAGAAGUUCGUGCUGCUGUGGCUACACGAGAGCGAACGAGUGUAUGGAGAUCGACUUGUGUGCAAGGCGGACAUUGAGAAGUACAACCAGUUGGUGCAGAUGCAAGUGAAGAAGUCGUUUGCAUCCUGCAAUACGAGUCGCUAUUACGCUGCAGAGAACUCGUGGCCGCUCAUCUUCUGCCACUUCACAAAAGAUGGCGAUAGUGAAUACGACCAGAUCAUGGGGACCAACCUGGACGAUCUCAAGAUGAACUUGCAGGUUCAGCUGCGUGACUACAACAACAACGAGAACAAUACCGCUAUGCAGCUGGAUCUCUUCGACGAUGCAGUCAAGCACGUGGCUCGCAUCGUUCGUAUUCUGCGUAACGAGAGUGGCCACGCACUGUUAGUUGGUGUGGGAGGUAGUGGCAAGCGUUCGUUGGCACGCCUGGCCUCUCACAUUUGCGGCUACACUGUUCGCCAAAUCACGAUCAGUUCCAAGUACGGCGAGAAUGAAUUCAAGGAAGACUUGCGCAAAAUGCACAUGGCUGUGGUGGAGAUGCUGUCUCGCAACGAAGAGGAUGGAGGAGUUGUGUUCAUGCUCACGGACUCCCAAAUCACCAACGAGAAGUUCCUGAUCUAUCUGAACGAUCUGUUAGCGUCAGGAGAGAUUCCAGAUCUAUUCGCAAUGGAAGAUAUGGACAACAUCGUCAACUUGCUGUCGCCUGUUGCUGGUACCAAAGAUCGGAAGGAGGUGAUCAAGUUCUUCCAAGCGGAGAUUCGGAAACGCCUGCACUUGUGUCUCUGCUUUUCGCCUGUGGGUGACGAUUUCCGUAACCGCGCUCGCAAGUUCCCUGCACUUGUAAACUGCACAGUUAUUGACUGGUUCCAGCCUUGGCCUAAGGAAGCUCUGCUCUCUGUCGGUCGGGAAAAGCUGAAGGAGAUCGGAGACUUGUUGGGGUCGGAGGAAUCUCGCGCUGGUAUCGAAAAGUUUAUGCCGUUCUCGUUCCAGUCGGUGAACAUUUGUGCCGAGCGGUUCUUCCAGGUUGAGCGACGUCACGUGUACACGACGCCGAAGUCCUAUCUGGAGUUGCUUCAGCUGUACAAGAAGAUUCUGCGCAAGAAAGUGGAGGAGUAUGCAGCAGCUAUUGAUCGCUUAGAGAAAGGCCUGCAGAAACUCAAGGAGACUGGUGAUACUGUGUCACGGCUUGAGGUCGAACUGAAGGUCAUCCUCGAAGCUGCUGAGGACAAGAAGGCUGUCGCGUCCGGUAUUGCCGAGGCGGUCAACAAGGAGAAGGCGAACGUUGAAACUGAAAGCAAGAAGGCAGGUGACGAGGCUGCCAAGUGCGCUAUCAUUCAGGCAGAGGUCACUGAGAAGCAGCGCUCUACACAAGAGGAUCUGGCAAAGGCCGAGCCUGCUGUCGAGCAGGCUAUGGCAGCGCUUGAUUCGUUGAACAAGAAGGAUCUGGGCGAGUGUAAGACCAUGUCCAAGCCUCCUGCUGGUGUGGACGAUGUCUUCUCAGCCACGAUGGUAUUACUGGCAGGCGUGCAUCCAAACGUGCAGGUCACCAAGACUGGUAAGGUGAAGGAUGUGAAAUGGGACACUGUCAAGAAGCAGCUUCUGGGUAACAUUCCAGAGUACAUCGACUACUUGGUGGGCUUCAAGCAAGUGGUGGACGACGGAAAGGUGCCUCCUAUGAACUGGAAAGAGGUCCGUGUGUACUUGGAGAUGGAGCACUUCAACUACGACACCAUCCUUACGAAGAACAAGGCCGCUGCAGGUUUGUGCUCUUGGGUCAUCAACAUCGUCAUGUACUACGACAUCGUUGUUACAGUCGAACCCAAGCGACAGGCUUUGGCUGCAGCAAACUUGGAGCUCGAAGCUGCAAACUCACGCCUCAGCGAAGUGACGGCUCUUGUGGCCGAUCUACAGGCUAAGCUCGACAAGCUUCUGGCUGAAGCCGCAGCAGCGGAAAAGGAGAAGGAAGACGCCAUCAACGCAGUCGAAACUGGCAACCGCAAGAUGAAGCUUGCAGGUACACUCACUAAUGACCUGUCCAGCGAAAAUGUGCGUUGGGGUAUCAACGUCCUGCAGCUUCAGAAGGAGAAGGAUCUACUGGUGGGCGACGUGUUGCUCGCCUCUGCUUUCAUUUCGUAUAUCGGCCCCUUCACGAAGCCGUUCCGUGAUGAACUCAUUAACAAGCACUGGGUGCCAUACCUGCGCACUGCAGCCGGUGGGGAGAGCAUCGCUAUGUCUGAAGAAGCCAACCCGCUUCUCAUUCUGACAAAUGAUGCCCAAAUUGCCGAGUGGAACACUCAGAAACUCCCGUCUGAUCGUGUGUCAACAGAGAAUGGUGCCAUUGUGGUGACUACGGUGUCAAUGGGACGAAGGCCGCUUAUUGUCGACCCACAGCUGCAAGCUAUUGCAUGGAUCCGUGAGAUGGAGGCGCACAACAACCUGAUCAUCGUACGAGUAGGGCAGAAGAUGUGGAUUGAACGACUGAAAACGGCGAUCGGUACCGAUGGAGCCUUCCUCAUUGAAAACUUGGGCGAGAAGAUUGAUCCCAUCCUGGCUCCAGUUAUUCAACGCUCGACUUCGCGUCGUGGCGCACGAUAUGAAAUUCAGAUUGGUGACGCGUCCGUCCCGUACAACGACAACUUCCACUUGUAUCUGCACACGAAGCUAGGCAACCCUCACUACCCGCCCGAGAUUCAAGCAGAAUGUACCAUCGUGAACUUUACGGUGACGAUGCUUGGUCUGGAAGACCAGUUGUUGAACCUGGUCGUGUCGAAAGAGCGCCAAGAUCUGGCUAUUAAGCGCGAGAAAUUGAUCCAAGAACAAAACAACGGAAAGAUCGAACUGAAGAAACUGGAAGAUGAUAUUCUGUUCUACUUGGCUAGCGCAGACGACGAUAUCACGAACAACCAGCCUCUGAUUCAAAUUCUGAGCGAUACCAAGCACAAGGCGCAGCGUACACAGAACAACAUGGAGGCUGCCAAGAAGACGCAAGAGUCUGUGAACAUUACGAGUGAAAAGUAUCGCAGCAUUGCUGCGAGAGGUUCCCUGCUCUUCUUCUUGAUGAACGACAUCAGCAAGGUACACUCCUACUACAUCUACUCGCUCGCAUCCUUCCAGCAAGUCUUUUUGUCUGGUAUCUACCGGGCACCGCCAGCGAAGAACCUCAUCGCCAAUGAAGCAGACGGUGGAGAAGGUGAAGCAGCGCCUGCUGAAGAAGGGGGUGAAGGUGGCGAAGGAGGUGAUGAAGACGCCGUGGAGAGUGAGCCUGCUGUCCCGGAUCUGACUGAUGAAGAGAUGAAGGAUCGAUGCCAGGUGCUAAUGGACAGCAUCACCUCGUGUGUUUAUAACUAUGUUCGUCGUGGACUGUUCGAGCGCAACAAGCUUACAGUGGCAACGAUGCUGUGCUUGAAGAUUUUGCUCAAGGAUGGAUUGUUGAACGACUCGGAAGUUGAGUACUUCUUCAUCAGCAAGGCCCACCCGGAUGCAGGCAACGCUGGCUCAGCCUCCGAGUGGCUCCCCGCAGCAAUUUGGUCGAAGUUGAAGGCGCUUGAAAGUGCUAAAGCUUUCCAAGGACUGGGUGAUGCGAUCCAAAAUGACCCUGAUGAAUGGAGAAAGUGGUUCGCUACCGAGGAUGCUGAACGACAGAAGAUACCCGGUGAUUUCAUCAAGCUGACCCCAUUCCAGCGACUAAUUCUGCUGCGUGCGAUGCGCCCCGAUCGUGUGACCAAUGCUCUGCGCACGUUCAUUCUUGACUCGCUGGGUGAGGAAUACGUCACUCAACCUCCGUUCAAUAUGGAGGCCACAUACGCCGAGACGAACUCGAGCAUCCCGAUAUUCUUCGUGCUGUUCCCUGGAGUUGACCCAACGCCAUGGGUAGAAACUCUUGGAAAGGCAAACGGAGUGAGUCUUGAGAACAACAAUUUCAUCAAUAUUUCGAUGGGCCAAGGUCAAGAGGCGUACGCAGGUGACGCGUUGAAGCGAUUGAGCACCGAAGGCGGCUGGAUCAUCCUGCAGAAUGUGCAUUUGAUGCAGUCGUGGUUGCCGACGCUCGAGCGUCAGUUAGAAGAGGUAGCAACCGAAGGUGCUCAUGAUCUCUUCCGCUGCUUUAUCUCCGCUGAGCCGCCUCCGCUACCAGACAUGCUGAACAUUCCUGAGUCUCUGCUUCAGAGCUGUAUCAAGGUGGCCAACGAGGCUCCUUCGGACAUCCAGUCGAAUCUGCGUCGUGCUUGGGCCAACUUUGGCGAGGACAAGGUUCAGGCUUGCACUAAGCCGGCCGAGUUCAAGGCCUGCCUGUUCUCCCUGUGUUGGUUCCACGCAAUCGUGCUUGGACGUCGACGCUUUGGUCAGCAAGGCUGGAGUCGUGCCUACAGUUUCAACACUGGCGACCUUACCAUUUGUGCCAACAUCUUGCACUCGUACCUGGAUAACAACGCAUCCGUUCCGUGGGAUGAUCUCCGCUAUCUCUUUGGUGAGAUCAUGUACGGUGGUCACAUCACGGAUGCUUGGGAUCGUCGUACCAACAACACUUACCUGGCAGUCCUCAUCGACCCUGGUCUACUUAGCGGCAUGGAACUUGGGCCUGGCUUCAAGUCGCCGAAUCCGCAGGAAUUCUCGUUUGCAGACUACGCCAACUACAUCGAGAAGAACAUGGUUCCCGAGGCGCCACCGCUUUUCGGUCUUCACCCGAACGCUGAAAUCGCCGGAGGCGGCGGCGGAGAGGAAGGGGGUGGCGGUGAUAAGACGGCCGCGCUGCGUGCAUCCAUCGACGACUUGGAGGCGCGAUGCCCCGAGUUCUUCAACAUGCUCGAUGUCGUGGAAGCUGCAACGCCCCACCUGACAGAGGAGCAUGGUCCAUUCGUAGUGGUGGCACUGCAGGAGUGCAGCCGCAUGAAUGUGCUGUUGCAGGAGAUCCGCUUAUCGCUGGGCGAUCUGAAGAAGGGUCUCAACGGACAGCUCAAUAUGUCCCAAGCCAUGGAGGACCUGGCCACAGCCAUGUCACUGAACGAAGUGCCCGGACGCAACCCGUUCUCGCAGUGUAAGUGGGAGAAGAAGGCUUGGCCGUCAACGAAGUCUCUAAGCGGCUGGUUUGCCGACAUGGUGAAGCGCCACGAACAGCUUACUGCGUGGGCAGGUGACACCACUGGGGGAGGCGGUAGCUGCUUCGUCACGCCGUUUUCGAUCUGGUUGCCUGGCCUCUUUAACCCCACAGCCUACACGACAGCGUGUCUGCAAGUCACGUCUCGUAAGCGGUUUAUGCCGCUUAACCAGAUGACGGUGGAGACUCACGUGACCACGAUUCAAGACCCUUCGACCGUCUCGUAUUACCCAGACGACGGUGUGUUUGUGCACGGGCUUAUCCUCGAGGGUGCCCGCUGGAGUACUCUAGACGAGAUCAACGAGCGCUAUCCAGUCGGUUCUUCGCCUCCGACGGAGUGUGGCGGCACACUGCUGGAUAGUAAUCCCAAGGAGCUCCUCUGGGGCAUGCCCGUCGUCUACGUCAAGGCUGUGACCACGUCCCCGACCUGGGAGCCGUCUUCCGUAGGCUACCUGCGUCACGAUCCGAACAUCUACGAGUGCCCGGUGUACCUCACUCGCUUCCGAGGCCACACGUACAUUUUCUUGGCGACUCUCCCCACCGACUGCGGCAGCGCCAAGUGGGUGUUGCGUGGCGUCGCGCUCAUCUUCCAGGACGACAACUAG